CAGACAGACCACGCAACGUCAUCCCGUUACGUGUAUGAAUACACGGAAGGAGCAGGAACGUCAGUAUUUUGCUUUGUUUUGGUAGAAGAUAUUUUAGUGAUUAGCUAGCGUUUAUAGGUCGAAAGCGAUCAAUAAUUUGCGAAUGAUCUAAAAACAUCCCUGAGCGAUGGUGAAACGCUAUUCAUGACAGAGAGGAACUUUGAGAGAAUACAGAAUUGACCCUGAUGUCAUCCCAGUAACUGCGCUUGAGAUACAUUAGCUUAAUGAUCUGUCUCCACCCUCAGCAUGGCGAGCUGUGGUGAGGUAGACCACACUGUGGACUCUGUGUCCUCUAAGGUGGAAGAUGGAGGGGACGCCUGUACUGGUGACUCCCCCACCUCCCCUAAACCUUCGGCCAACCCCUUGCCGGAGUGUGCCAUCUGCCUCCAGACCUGUGUCUACCCGGUUCGCCUGCCCUGCUGCCACGUCUUCUGCUUCCUGUGCGUUAAAGGAGCCUCCUGGCACAGCAAGCGCUGUGCUCUCUGCAGACAGGAAGUACCUGAGGACUUCCUGGAGCAUCCCACCCUGCUGUCCCCAGAGGAGCUGAAGGCAGCAGCUGCAGGUGGACGAGGAGGAGCCGGGCCGAGGAACGCUGGGGGAGACAAUGCCUGGUACUACGAGGGGAGGAAUGGAUGGUGGCAGUAUGACAAGAGGACCAGCCGUGAGCUGGAGGAAGCCUUGGCCAAGGGCAGGAAGCGUGCCGAGAUGCUGAUUGCUGGCUUCCUGUACGUGGCUGACCUGGAGAACAUGGUGCAGUACCGCCGCAACGAGCACGGUCGCCGCCGCCGCAUGAAGCGUGACAUGGUGGACAUUCCCAAAAAGGGUGUAGCCGGACUCAGACUGGACCCUGACCCCGCCCCGCCAGUAGUUGCCAUGGCAGCUGUUCUGGUCACAACAGCAACAGUGGAGCGGUCAAGCUCUGCUGACGGGGAGGAUGUGACUGGGCGGUCACAGGCAGGUCGCUCAGGGGUUCUCAUCCCAGCUCCUCCUGUCAGACCCCCUACAGUCCUGGGGGCCCACCCUGCCACCCCAGCCUUCAUCUCCCUGGAAGACUCUCUGUCCCAGCUCCUCAUCAGCCAACCAGAGGGGGAAGAAGAGGAGGUAGCUUCAAGCAUGAGCCAGGCGUACGAGUCAGCAUCUGGUAGCAGUGAGGAUGAGGAUGGUGGUGGUGAUGAGGUAGGCCAGGGGUGGGACAGGGAGAGGAGGGGACGAGAAGUAGGAGUUCAACGGAGGACCAGAUACAGACUCCUACAGCGGUGGCUCAGGGAGGUCCAGCCUGACAGACUGCCACCUGGUGGUGGGUCCUCUAGCGGAGGCCUUACUGUGCGCUCACGCAGCCCUGACGGUCAGUGCAGUGUCACUGAGGUGUGACCACAACUGGACCACUGUCUCUGCACUCAUCCCGGCUCAGCAAAAAAAAGCAUUCACUUCAUACCCAUGGUGGUAGUGAAGAACCCAGGGGAAGAUAGCAGAUCAGCCAUUUCCAUUACAUAUACAGUUCAGUCACGCACAUAUGCUAAUCAAUAGUUUAUAAUAAUAUGUCAGCCAGCAAGAUUAUGCAACAUUGCACACAAUGAAAUAGCCCAUACUGCUCCACUGUCUGCCACUGUAGCCAUUUGAGCCCAUGUUAACCAUGCGUUGGUACUAAAUAUUUGAAGAGAAAUGGUGAAAUGAUAACGGUUUGAGAUUUGGAGGGGACUUAACCUUUUAAAUGUAGCAUCCCAUCUCUAACCGGAGGCAAAAAAUAAUUAUCUUGUUUUGUUGUACAUUGUUUUUUGCUGUAAGAAAUGUAUUUUCUCAUCUCUAUUGAGUGUGUGUGUGUGCGGGUGUGCUCUUUUGUCUGUGUAUUGAGGUCAUAUUCCAGCUUAAUAUAAAAAGUGUGUGCUUGUGUUGUGUGUGAAAGGUGAUGAGAGCCUACUGGUAGAGAGGUCUUGAGUGUAGAGACGAGUGACGAUUUCUAUUACUUGUUCUAGUAUUUUAUGGAAACAGUUUGGAUGGGAGAUGUAUUGUGAGAGUUAAUGAGUCUGUUUUGAAGUUUGAACCUAUUAUUUGAACUCUUCUGUCAACAAAAAAGUAUUUUUGACUUAUUUAAUAUGAUUUAACAUAUAUGUGUGUGGUCUCUUUAACUGUGUUUUCUCAAAAACAAUAAAGUUUGUCUUUGACAUUAAUUGAAAA